AUGAUGGAUGUUGAAAAGUUGGUUAAGCAAUCACCAAUAUGGGAUGACCGUGAUGAAACUGCUAUUGUAGAGCCAUACGAUUACAUUGUAUCAAAACCAGGUAAAAGUUUUAGAUCAAAAUUGAUUAAUGUGUUUAACGAAAUAUAUCAAAUACCAAUUGAGAAGACCAAUCAAAUCUCAACGUUAGUGGCCAUCUUACACAAUGCAAGCUUAUUAAUAGAUGACAUUGAAGAUAGCUCCGCUACAAGAAGAGGCAUACCGACUUCACAUACGUUGUUUGGAGUUCCGCUAACGAUAAAUGCUGCAAAUUACAUGUAUUUUAAAGCUAUGGAAAUUCUGCAAACGAUUUCUGGUGAUGACAAAAUUCUGUUACACGAUUUAAUGGUUAUCUUCAAUCAGGAAAUGAUUAAUUUGCAUAGAGGCCAAGGUUUAGAUAUUUACUGGCGGGAUAAUUUAUUGCAGUUUAUACCAGAUGAAGCGACGUACUAUAAUAUGGUGAUGAACAAGACUGGUGGCUUAUUUAGAUUAACGGUUAGAAUCAUGGAAUUGCUGACCGAUGUAGAAUUACCGCAUUCAUUAGUACCGCUGAGCAACCUUUUGGGAAUAAUUUAUCAAAUUCGCGAUGAUUAUCAAAAUCUUUCGAAUGAACAAAUGAUAGCUAAUAAGGGUUUAGCAGAAGAUAUUUCUGAAGGUAAACUAUCUUUCCCGAUUAUCCACGGCUUGAAAUAUGGUCAAUCUCAAAACGAAACUAUUUUGCAAGACGUUCUACGGUUACGAACAGAUGAUGUUGAACUGAAAAAAAGGGCAUUAGACUACCUUAAUAACGAAAGUCACUCCCUAGAGUACACUUGGGAAAAGCUCGAGGAACUCUCAAAAUUGGCUAAAUCAGAGAAUUAUAUCCCAAGAAAAAAUUUCCCAGAUGCAUCGAACAAACUAAUGUCUGUAGUAGAUUACCUUUCAACUAGAUAA